AUGAUGUCGGCGCGGCGAUGGUGCGCGACAACGCCGCCACACGGCACCGGCUCCUCCGGUUCACAGUCCAUAGAUGAGGAGGCUGUCGUUCGCGCUGCCAAGUGGAGUUCGUCCAAAUUCGAGGAGCGAUUGGGCUUCUGUGCCGGUGAGACUAUCACUGAGGAGCGUCUGAAGCGCCACUACCGCAUUCUUGCGAAGCACUACCACCCGGACACGGCUGCGGGAAGCGGCAGCAGCAACGGCGUAGGGUAUGAGGGGGAGACAAGCGCUGGCAGGGAUGGUGCCUUCCAGAACAUAAAAGAGGCGUAUGAUGUGGUCAGCGCGGCGGUGAAACAAGGUGGUCGACGGGGUGGCAAUGCCUCGCGCGGGUUCUCCGCGGAAGACUUCGCUGGGGGGUUCGAGUUCUCUGACGAAGCGCGGCGUCGCUCUCAGAUGCGACUCCUUGGCGACGCGGUCCUGCUUUUUGUGUUCAUGACAGUGGCCUUUAUUGGAAUUGUGAGCAGCCACAACAAGUCACGCAUGCAGUCUCGCUAUCUUUGGCACCUGGUCGGGAUCUUCUUUAUAAUUCAACUCUUCCCACGGCUGUUUGCGGCGGCCAUCCUCUUCGCUGUGCAUUCGAUGCAUCUGCUCGAGAAAGCAACGCUGCAGGAGCAAGCGGCUAUCUCGCUCAUCGUGGAGCGGACUGAGAGGGCCUGCUGUGUGCAGCUGGACGGUCUGAGGACCGAGGCGCAGCCGAACGUUGUAGUCCAAGUGACAACGACAGCAGACGCCGACAACGAAGCUACAGAGAGGGUGUCCUCGACACUCACCUUCGACAAGGGCGUCACAGCCUUUACGCUGCCUGUGCCAGCCGAUUCGAGCUGUGUCUACCACGUCAAAGCAGUGGAUGAGGCACGCAAGAUAGUGCUGGUGGAUCGGUCGCUCUCGGCGAGGAUGCCGGCAGCCGUCUAG